AUGCAGAUAAAAUACGAUUCCGAGCUCCUGCGCGUUUUUCUCGUUGCUAAUCCCUGUUUACUCCUUUGCUCUAGGAUCCUAGAACCCCUUCCUUCUCCAUCGACCAGAGGUUCAGAAGUCAUUCUCUACCUGCCGCCUGGCCCAGUAUUCACUCAAUUUCCAUCAAACAACGGUUUUCAAGACAGUUUCACCGGCGAUCAGAAUGCUGUGGAUUCCGCCGAGCUGUUGGCCUCUGCAAGUUUGUCCACAACCGUGACAGUUAACUAUCGGCUAGGUCAGAAACUGGGCGGUGAUGGAAAGUCAACUUUCAGAUUUCCAGCCCCGAUACACGAUACACUUGCGGGGUUUGAUUGGGUAUUCCAAAAUAUCAAUCCCCCUCGGAUAAAUGUGUUUGGAAAGCAUAUUGGUGGCUCGCUGGCCUUGAUGCUAGCACUUACUGAACCGCAGUCUAUAGCUGCAGUAGCCGCACAAGACCCUGUAUGCGAUUGGGUUGGACUGGAUGACCACUGUAUAGUCGAAUCGGAUGAAAAAGAUACCUUGCCGAAACACGCGAGUUCGACUGUGCAUGAGAGGGGCCUUCAUGAUCACAAGAAACGGGGUCGGAAGAGGAAGCCACAGAAGCCGCUGCCCGCUGAUUUAGUACCCCUUCUGAAGGCGCGGAAUGUUCUUUUCCAUGCUCCCCAGAAUUAUUUCGAUCCUUUCGCCUCGCCUGCGUUGUUUCUCCGAACAGCUGGGAAAUACUGUCCUACCAAGUUCCCUGCUGUUUUUACCGGCCCGAACUACCCCGUUCCUUUACUCAAACCUCCCAAAGAACGAGAUUUGUGGACUCUGACAGCCUCCAUGCUAGAGAAAGAAGAGGCGGAGGCCGAAGAGGAUGUUCCUGAUUCUGCGAAACAUAUCGUGCGUCGCAGGAAGACUCUUACACGGUGGCCACCGGUCGGAUUAGACUAUGGAAGUCACCCUUCUCCGAAUACCGGAUAUAAGGAGGCUGCAUUGAACACCGUAGUUCUUCCAAAUGUGAGGGUUUUCAUUCAUUCAAACUUAUAUUCAAAGGAGGCACAGACCGAGCGGCAACCUACUCUCACCGAUGCUGUCGACGCACUGAGUUCACAACUUGAAACUACAACUUUAUCGCCGGAUGAGCAAGUUGAUUCUUAUCCGGAGGAUAAACCUCAGUCUGCUUCAAGUCGCCGAGGUCGACAUUCCUCACCCCGAGGCUCCCUCCCAGACCUAAGCAAACUGGAAGAAGAGACCAUCCUCGCAGCGCAGGGUGCUGAAAUGGUCCAUCUCAUGCACAGCGCAUGUUUCUGGGGCCGAGAAAAAGGGUUUGGAGAGAAUAGAGUCACGCUAGUUCGGGUGCCAUACAGUAGCACCUCGUCAACUGGGAAAUUUAUGGGCGAUACCCAAAAUGCAGACAACUUUAUUGGUGGUGACGGACAUGACGUACAACACCAAAAUACGGCGCAUGAGACGUCCGUCUCUGUCGAGGAGCAAGCUGGAGAGUGGUUUCUAUCUAUCCCAGAAGCAGAAUGUGGGAAGGAUGGAUCUGAAUAA